AUGAAACUCUCAGUUACUCUCUCUUCCAUGGCCAUGGCCUGGCAAUGUCUUAUACAUCUGGUCAAUGCAAGUCCUCUAGUUGCAGAAUUCCAAGCAUCCUUCCCUACAGAUGCUGUAAUUUCCCCAGAAACAGAUCACCUCGAGCUCCUUCCUCGAGACUACACUGCAGAUAUUGUUGAGAGUACAAGAGAUGCUAAACCAAAUUCAAAUCUCCAGAACUACAUUGUCAUUCUAAAAGAUAAUGCUGGCCAAACACUUUCCCGUAGAAAUGCCCAUAGAACAUGGCUCGAUAGUCUUUUAGCAAAACGACAAUCCUUAAACGCAAGAGAUGCUAAACCAGCACCAUUACCUAUCGAUUUUGACACCACCGCAGAUGUCAAAUCUUCAAAUGCAAUUACAGGGUACCAUGGAGCUUUUACUCAAGCAGAAAUUAAAGCCAUUUCCGAGUCGGAAGAUGUUGCAUUUGUCGAAAAGGAAACCUACGAUACCAUCCAGCAAGAUUUUGUAUAUGUGCAAUAUAACUCGUCAUGGGGGUUAGGUCGUAUCUCACAUAAAACUUUUGACUCACCUUCUGGAGCUAAUGAUGCUACCUAUGUUUUUGGCAACAAUGGUGGUGCAAAUACUACCCUAUACAUUCUCGACUCUGGAGUACGUGCCGACCAUAUUGAGUUUACAGGUCGUGUGCGAUGGGGGGCAAACUAUGUUGACAAUGAACAGACUGAUGUUCAUGGUCAUGGAACUCACAUUUCUGGUAUUGCUGCAGGGUACAAUGUAGGAGUAUCUAAAUUUGCCAAUAUUGUUGCCGUCAAAGUUAUUGAUGCUGAUCGUCGGGCUGCCAUUUCCAACAUCAUUAAAAGUGUUCAAUGGAUUAUCGAUGAUGCUGCUGCACAUCCUGAAAACCGUGCUGUCAUUAACUACUCCGCCGUUGGAGUGAUUUCCGAUGCCCGAACUUUGGCAAUUCAAAAGGCUGUUGAUGCAGGCAUCAUGGUCGUAACUGCAGCUGGAAAUUCAGCAGAUGAUGCUUGCAAUUAUGGACCAGCAAAUAUGGCUUCGACCACCGAUGGAGUUUUGACUGUAGCAGCACUCAAUUAUACAAAUUCUCCCGCUGACUUUUCCAACCAUGGCGGGUGUGUUUCUGUAUAUUCUCCAGGUGUAUCAAUUUUAUCUGCAUCUAGAGAUGCAAUCAACGCAUACAAGUACAUGUCUGGAACAUCAAUGUCUGCUCCAUAUGUUGCCGGUUUGGCAGCAUAUUUUUGGUCAAUUAACCCUGGGUAUUCACUCGGUGAUAUCAAGAAUGCAAUUUUGAACUAUAAUGAUGGUCAAAUUGUGGAUGCCGUUGGUAGCACGGCCAACAAAAUUGCAUACAACCAUCAGUGA